AUUCUCAUUGAUAUAGAGGCUAUCAGACGGAGAUUUGCAUUUUCCCUUUAGGUUUCGGAAGAGGGAAACGAACUACAGAGAGGGGUACAUGUCCGCCAACGACGGCGCCACAAUGGCGUCAAGUCGGCAGUUUGUGCUGGAGAAGGAGAGCGAGCUGAGGGUGGAGGUGGGCCCCGAAGCUACUCUCCGUCUCCGCCUCACCGCCGGCGCCGCCGAGGUUUUCGGCGCCGAGCUCCCGCCGGAGAAGUGGAUCACUGUUCCCGCUUUCCAAAAUAUUGCCAUUUUCACUUGGAAGGGUGCGACAAUCGAAUUGGACGGAAUCAGCGAAGUUGAGUACGUGGCAGAUGAAACGCCUAUGGUGAGCUAUGUGAAUGUCCAUGCUAUAUUGGAUGGGAGAAGGACUCGUGCUAGAACCGGUAAUUCACAGGGCCCUCGUACUAUUGUUGUUGGGCCAACAGAUUCAGGUAAAAGUAGUCUGUGUAGAAUGCUGCUUAACUGGGCUUGCAAGAGAAGCUGGAAGCCUACUCUCGUGGACUUGGAUAUUGGCCAGGGAUCUAUUUCCAUGCCUGGGUGUAUUGCUGCUAGCUCUGUCGAAAUGCCUAUGGAUGCUUUUUGGGAAAUUCCUACUGAGAUGCCUGUCGUCUAUUUCUAUGGCCAUACUAGUGCAAGUGCGAAUGUAGAGUUAUAUAAAGUUCUUAUGAAGGAACUAGCUCAAACUCUGGAGAAACGAUUCUCAUGCAUCUCUGAAUAUGAAGUUGCUGGCAUGGUUAUCAACACAAUGGGGUGGACUGAUGGUUUAGGGUAUGAGUUACUUCUUCAAGCAAUCAAUAUUUUUAACGCAGAUGUUGUUCUGGUUUUGGGACAGGAGAAGCUUUUCAGUAUGUUAAAAGAUGUAUUGAAGAGCAAACCUCAUGUAGACAUUGUGAAGCUUCACAAGUCAGAAGGUGUGGUACUGAGGAAUCAGAAAGUCCGUCAGAUGUCUAGAAGUUACAGAAUUAGAGAAUAUUUCUAUGGGCUCAACAAUGAUUUGUCUCCUUACUCUCUUAGUAUGAAUUUUGGUGACAUAUCUGUUUUUAGAAUUGGUGGUCCACAAGCACCUCGAUCAGCUCUCCCUAUUGGUGCAGAGCCUCUUUCAGAUCCUACUCGGGCAGUCAUUGUUAACAUAAAUUAUGACUUGGUUCAUGCCAUUCUUGCCAUUUCAUAUGCAAAGGAGUCGGAUCAAAUUUUAUCCAGCAAUAUUGCGGGCUUUCUUUAUGUGGCAGAAAUUGACUUUGAGAGUAAAAGAAUAACUUUUCUGGCACCUUGCCCGGCUGAACUCCCAAGCAAACUACUGGUCAUGGGAACAUUAAAAUGGUCUGAAAACUAGUAAUUUUGAAGCAAAACGGUUUCAAUUACUACUUUUUAAAGCAACUUUCUAGUACAAAACGAGAAAACGGCCUUAAGUAGGUAGAAAGCUGUCCCAAAUGAAGCUUAAAUUGCGUAAUGAAACAUUUAAAUUUAGGGUUUAGGGUUGUUCUCUUACAAGUUUUGAAAUGGAGGGACGAGAUACAAAUCUAACACCAAACAAGUUUUUGUAUUUAUUAGUUUAUUUGCAAAUAUUA